UCCACUACAGAGGAUUUAAUCUGUGCUACCUUCAUGGAACAAACUAAGAUUUCAUGUUUCUACUGAGUGCAGUGCACUCACCUGCCAAGAUCAUCAUUCUGAAGAGGCAGAAGUAACACUCAGCCUUACACAGGCCAGAUAGCCACAAUGCUUGUUUCUGAUCUAAUUUGUUCUCCAGCAGUGUACCUCUUUUCCAUCUCCCAGAGCCCAGAUUCAGCACCUGUGUGAGCAACACACCAAGUGAGGCUAGGGUGGCUCAAGCAAAUUCACAGUCACACAGAAUCACAGAAUUUAGGGAUUGGAAGGGACCUCUGUACAUAAUUUAGUUCAACCCAUUCCUAAGGCAAGUCCCACUGAGUACGUUGCACAGGAAAGCAUAGGAAACAACCUGCUGUGAUAUGAGCACUUGAUAGAAAAAGCAUGCCUGAUGUAGAAAUGGUCACCAAUUUGCAUUGCAUUCAAAACAGAACAAGCAACAAAGUGUCUCUCUAAAAGAUUCAGAAAAUGUAAACAGUUCACAGAAGACGGAUUAUUGUGGAGAAAGUGAACAUGCAAUUUUUAUUUUCCCAAAGAUAUCACCAUUAGAAAGGAAAAUCACUGCAUGAUGGAGGAUGAUGGAGGCCCAGGCUGGUGCUCAAAUACAUGUAGCCAUGGACUGUGAGGUCACUGACCAAGGGGUUGUGACAUCAGCGAGAGAUGACUUUGGCCUCAGUGACCCUUAUCUAUAAAUUCCAGUGCUGGCUGAGACCAGUGUCUACUCGUGCCUGGACUCCAGUUGAGCGUGUCUGUGAGACUUGGAUCACGGAACGAGGCUUUAGUUGCAUUGUGCUGUGGGACUGCUGGUAGCAGUUCUUGGUGCCAUCCUACAGCAUCACCAGCAUUUCCCCAUUUCUGCCUGGCUCAGGUAGCUGGGGCCCACAGGGUGCGCUCACAGCAGCAGAGUUUGUGACACCUUCUGUCCACUGCAGCGCCAGUGAGGAGAGCAGCUUCCUGUCCUUUGCUCUCCCCAGCCCACUGUACAGCCAGAAACCAUGGAGGCGCAAUUAGACUGGACCUGCCCCAUCUGCGGCCACGCUCAGGAUGACGUGGCCAAUGUGACACCUUGUCUCCACCAGCUAUGCUAUGGCUGCGCGCUCUGGUGGGCAAAGAAGCAGCGAAGAUGUGCCAUCUGUGGGCACGGGAUCAGAACCAUCCGAUACUCGGUGAGGUCGGAUGAUGAUUACCUCGAGUGCCCAGCCCCGCAGCCCACAGCGCGCUCAGGUUACGGCCCGCAGGGCCAGCAGGAGCCCGCAGAGCCGGUGCUGCUGCCUCCUGAGCACAGCUUUCCUCCCGAGAUCUGGGCUGCCUUUUUCCAACAACAUCCAGGAGAUCUCAGCCCCCUGUUCCAGUGGCUCCAUCAGGAGAUCAGGGGGAUCUCUGCCGACAGGUGGUGGGAGAUGCACGCAAGAACGAGCAUCAUUAUGAACUUCCUGUGCAAGCACGGGCUCGACGAGGCCGUCCUGCUGCGGGAGCUGCAGCCAAGUCUCAGAGGCCUCACGGUGCGCUUCGUGAGGAGACUCGUUAUCGUUGCCGCAGCCCUAUAUGGCCCACAGAUCCGUCGGCAGCGGGGCCGCGGGGACACCGGCCCGGGUCGCCCCACCGGCUCCGCGGGCCCCAGCGCCGAGCAGCUCCCCGGCGUCCCUGGCGGGGGUCCCGGGAACCCCGCCACCGCCGCGCCCGCAGACGGGGAGCCGCAGGAGGAGCCGGGGCAGGCGGCGGCAGCGGGCCCCUCCGCCCAGGGCAGGGACCGAUCCCGCAGGGGGCCCCGGGCUGCCCCAAAGAGGAAGGCCGGCAGCAGCCCGUGGGACUCACCCCUGCCCCGCAAGAGGCGGCCCCGGCGCUAGGCUGGCACCGCACCUCCGAGCAGGGAAUGGCUCAGGCGGACUGGGAGGAAACAUCGACCUCUCGGUCUGCUUCUGAGAGAAGAU